AUGGCAGAGAAGAUGGUAAUGGUUGUGGAGAUGAUGACGGUGGCAGUGGAAGUGGCUACGACGACGAUGGUUGUGAUGGUGAUGGGCUUGAUUGAGGAUAUAUUUGGAGCUGGAAGUGAAACAUCAGCUACAACAAUAACAUGGGCAAUGGCAGAGAUGAUUAAAAAUCCAAGAGUAAUGAAGAAGGUACAAGAUGAGGUAAGAGAGGUAUUUGAUGAAGAAGGAAAUCCCAGUGAAAGUGGCAUUGAGAAACUAAAAUAUUUGAAAUCAGUUGUGAAAGAGACAUUAAGAUUACACCCUCCUGUUGCUCUUUCACUUCCAAGAGAAUGUAGACAAGCUUGUGAGAUUAAGGGGUAUCAUAUACCUGUGAAAAGCAAGGUCAUCGUGAAUGCUUGGGCAAUUGAAAGAGAUCCAAAUCAUUGGAAUGAGGCUGAGAGGUUUUAUCCUGAAAGGUUCAUUCAAAGUUCUUGUGACUACAAAGGCAAUAAUUUUGAAUUCAUCCCAUUUGGUGUUGGGAGAAGAAUAUGCCCUGGCCUCACAUUUGGGUUGAUCAACGUUGAGUUUCCACUUGCAUUGUUGAUGUAUCAUUUUGAUUGGAAAUUGCCCAAUGGAAUGAAAAACAAAGAUUUGGACAUGACUGAGACUUUUGGACUAACUUUUGGUCGAAAAGAUAAUUUGUACCUGAUUUCCAUCGCUUCUCACUGUUAG